UAUUUCAAUGUCUGUCCACAGAACACAUAUUUGAAAUGUGUUAAACAGACUAUAAUUUCCUAUAAAUUACUAGUAAAGAGCUGCAGGGAUGAAGCGACAAAAUGUCCGUACUCUUUCUUUGGUUGUGUGUACAUUCACAUAUUUGCUGAUCGGGGCUGCAGUGUUUGAUGCUUUAGAAUCUGACACAGAGAGUAAGAGAUGGGAGGUUUUAACAGACAUGAAAAAUGGCCUCGUUCGAAAGUACAAUAUAACUCCAGAAGAUUACCACAUGAUAGAGAUCGUUAUAAUAGAGAACAAGCCACAUAAAGCUGGCCCUCAGUGGAAGUUUGCGGGAGCAUUCUAUUUUGCAACUGUUGUCCUUGCCAUGAUUGGCUAUGGACACUCUACUCCAGUCACUGUUGGAGGAAAAGCAUUUUGUAUGGCAUACGCAAUGGUGGGCAUCCCCUUGGGUCUAGUGAUGUUUCAAAGUAUAGGUGAACGAUUGAACAAGUUCGCAUCGGUGGUAAUACGACGGGCCAAGUGUUACCUCCGUUGUGAGACUACUGAAGCCACUGAGAUGAACCUGAUGUUUGCAACUGGAAUGCUGUCCUCUAUCAUUAUAACGACUGGUGCAGCUGUAUUUUCUCGUUACGAGGGCUGGAGUUAUUUCGACAGCUUCUACUAUUGCUUCGUCACUUUGACUACCAUUGGAUUUGGUGACUAUGUUGCUUUGCAGAAUGAUCAAGCACUGACCAGUAAGCCGGGGUACGUCGCACUAAGUCUAGUGUUCAUCCUCUUCGGAUUAGCAGUGGUAGCAGCUAGCAUUAACUUGCUUGUACUCAGGUUCAUGACUAUGCAAGCGGAGGAAAACGCGCGCGACGAAGAGAAAGACGGCUCCCGUACGCUGCUGCCAUUAGAUGCGCGCCGCGACCACGACGACCAAGCAUCUGUGUGUUCCUGCAACUGUCUUGGUAACAAGCAAUGCGAAGGUGGAGCGCUGCUGGCGGCGCCUGUGAGGCCCCAUCGUCUGCUGUCCCGAGCUUCACUCACACCGGAUCUCAUCGAGAGGGCUUCUGUGUAAAAUUAUUAUAACUACUUGUAAUAUCAUCAACGGAUCAUGAUUAGUUGUCAUGUGUAGAAUGAAAUUUAGUUAUUUACCUCUAAGUAAGAACUGACACUCCAUAUUAUUAUAUUAUCGACUCGCCUCGGCUUCUUAUGGAUGCAUUACAAAUAUUGGAAUUUCUCAACAUGUUAUGCUUGCAUAUAAUAAUACACGCAUGUAUUACUGCACAGCA